AUGAGCGGAGCCCCCGGCGGGCCCCGGCCGAGGACCCCGCCGAGCCGCGGAGCCGCGGGCGCCCCGUCGCCCCGGCCGCCCCCCGCCGACCCGCUGCGCCAGGCCAGCCGGCUGCCCAUCCGCGUCCUGAAGAUGCUCAGCGCCCACAGCGGCCACCUCCUGCACCCCGAGUACCUCCAGCCGCUCUCCUCCACGCCCGUCAGCCCCAUCGAGCUGGACGCCAAGAAGAGCCCGCUGGCGCUGCUGGCCCAGACCUGCUCGCAGAUCGGCAAGCCCGACCCGCCGCCCUCCUCCAAGCUCAACGCCGUGGCCGCCGCCGGGCUGCCCGCCGCCGACAAGGAGCCCGCCGCCCGCCCCGCCGCGCUCAAGCCGCCGGGGGGGGACGCGCCCCCCGAGGACAAGUCCAGCUUCAAGCCCUACUCCAAGGGCGGCGCGGAGCCGCGCAAGGAGGGCGGCGCGGACAAGGCCGGCUUUCGGGUGCCCAGCGCCGCCUGCCCGCCGUUCCCCCCGCACGCCGCCGCCUCGCCCGGCGGCUCCCGCGGCGCCUCCCCGCAGCACGCCGAGCCCAAGGGCGCCGAGGAGAAGAAGGAGCCCGAGGCGGCCAAGCCCAGCCCCGACGGGGCGGGUGGCGCGCUGGGGCGCGGCGUGGCCGAGCCCGGGGCGCACGGCGAGCCCCCCUCGGGCCGCAAGUCGGAGCCGCCCGCCCUGCCGCCCGCCGGCCAUGUGGCCCCCGUGUCGCCCUACAAGCCCGGCCACUCCGUCUUCCCCCUGCCGCCCUCCAGCAUCGGCUACCACGGCUCCAUCGUGGGCGCCUACGCCGGCUACCCCUCCCAGUUCGUGCCCGGGCUGGACCCCACCAAGCCGGGCCUGGUGGGCGGCCAGCUGCCGGGCGCCCUGGGGCUGCCGGGGAAGCCGCCCAGCUCCAGCCCGCUCACCGGGGCCUCGCCGCCCUCCUUCAUGCAGGGAUUAUGCCGGGACCCGUACUGCCUGAGCUACCACAGCGCCUCGCACCUGGGCUCCAGCAACUGCUCCAGCUGCGUGCACGACCCCGGCAGCCUGAAGAGCGGAUACCCCUUGGUGUACCCCACGCACCCCCUGCACUCGGUGCACACCACGCUCUCCUCCAGCGGCACCCCCAGCCUGCCCGGCCACCCCCUCUACACCUACGGCUUCAUGCUGCAGAACGACCCCCUGCCCCACAUAUGCAACUGGGUGUCUGCCAGCGGACCCUGCGACAAGAGGUUUGCCACCUCGGAGGAGCUGCUCACCCACCUACGGACCCACACGGCCCUGCCGGGGGCGGAGAAACUCUUGGCGGGUUACCCUACCUCCGGGCUGGGCUCCGCGGCCUCCUGCCACCUCCACCUCCCGCCCGCCGCCCCCGGGAGCCCCAACACGUUACCGGCCUCCCUGUCCUUGAGGAGCCCACACACUUUGGGACUAAACAGGUACCACCCGUACGGCAAGAGCCAUUUGCCCACAGCCGGCGCCCUGCCGGUGCCGUCCUUGCCGGCCGCCGGACCUUACUACUCCCCGUACGCGCUCUACGGCCAAAGACUAACUUCAGCUUCUGCACUCGGAUACCAGUAACUACGGCAGCCCCUUCCCCUCCUCCGGUCUCCUCCUUGCCCGAGCUCCCCGCUCCCUCCUUGGACUGUGUAUUUAUUUACUGUAUGUUAGCUUAAAGCUGGGAAUAUAAGUGCAUUAAUCCACCAAUGAAUCAAUGGUAUGC